CUCGUUUAUUAAGCUUUAAUGUCAGCACUGCGUGUAAAAUCCUUGAAACAGAGUCAAGUGACAGCUUUAGGAAACUAAUGAAGUGACCUAAAAAGGUGUUUUCUUCAGAUAGGAUUCAGAAUGUAACCAGGUGAUUCCCCCCUCUGUGAGUCAUCCUGGCUCAUUGUUGUUGAAGUGCUAGAAGCGAAGGCAACCAGAUAUCUUUAAGUUGUUGAAGAUGUUUCACCUCUCAUUGGAAAGACUUCUGCAGUUCUGAGAUUGAUGGGGAGUUGCAGGUAUUUCACCUCUAGUGGGGGUUGUCACCUUGGGUGGUGAACACCACCCAUGGGAGCACAAAUUUGGAGUCAUCAGGACUCUACACCACCAGGCGGAUAGUGUUAUUUCCAAGGAAGAGGGAAGAGAGACAGAGCACACACACAUCAGGAAAGUGUUAAAAAUGUGUGGCAAUCUGAACUGGGCCUUUGUCAAAUCGACUAGGAGACACAGAAAACAACACCAAACUUCAACCAGUGAUGGACAGAAUAGAUGGAAAAAGCUGUUGUCGCCUGUGUGGCAGGGUUUGUCUGAGAAACUCAGAAGGAUUUUCUCAAAGCAUGACACUUCAUACCCAGCAAUGCACUCAGACAAAGACUGGUCCAUCCUAAAGACAACACGUGUACAGACAAACUAAACAACGUGGUAUAUGUUGUGAAGUGCAAUGAGUGGUGCUUGGAUCUUUACAUGGACUCGACUGUAUAUCACCAUCUCAAGGAUAAGGGACACAACUUUGAGGACUCAAACUCAAAUUCUGGACAAAGAAGACCAAUGGUUUGAGAGAGGUGUGAGAGGCCAUCCAUGUCCAGAUAGAACAACAGAGGCGGUGGCUUACAACACUAACUUUCAACCACCCAUAGCACAGUCUUGAGAUCCUGCACCAGAUGGUUUAACCUCCAUUCACACCAUCCCUCAUGUGACCCUAACGACUCACAUGAUGGCACAAAGUAUCAGCGACCCUCAAGACUACCCCCUCAAAGGUGACAACCCCAUUAGAGGUGAAAUACCUGGACCUCCCCAUCAAUCUCAGAACUGAAGAAGCUCUUCAGAUGAGAGGUGAAACGUCUUUGACAGUCUAGAUAUCUGGCUGCCUUCGCCUCUAGCACUUCAACAACUUUAUACAUGUAGUCAUCGGCGCGUUCUGAAUCCCCUUAAACAGGAACUAAAUCAUUCACUCUGUCCAAGAUGUAACCUAAAGACAGUCAUGAAGGACUGUACUUAUCAGCAGCUUUUUUGGACCUUGCUCUCCUUCAUUUAAGAGCCUCGCCUCUCACUGUUUGAUCACAUGCAGGAAGACUCAGUCUACUAUCUUUUCCCCUUUUCACGGUCACUUACUCAUGAACCCACAUGCUGCUCACUGAUCUGCUGCUGCUGCCUCAAGAUGGCAGGAGAUGACCACAGAUAACUGGGGGAAAGGUUUAGGUCUUCAGUCUCACAUCGAGGCCGAAAAAACUCACUGACAUAUUGUUCAGACAACGGUUUUUAAUUUUACUAAUUAAUAAAUAAACCACUAAAAACACAGACAAUGGCAUCCUACAGCCCUGCCUCAACACAAGAGACGCCUAAUGGUAGCGCCCCAUCUGUGAAGUCUGGAGACUCAGAGGAGUCCAUGAAGCUGAAGAAGGAGAUCUCCCUUGUGAACGGGGUCUGCCUGAUCGUGGGGAACAUGAUCGGCUCGGGGAUCUUUGUCUCGCCGAAGGGUGUCCUCAUGCACAGUGCCUCCUAUGGCCUCUCUCUGGUGGUGUGGACCAUCGGAGGGAUUUUCUCCGUGUUUGGGGCCCUGUGCUACGCCGAGCUGGGGACCACCAUCACCAAGUCGGGGGCUUCCUACGCUUACAUCCUCGAGGCCUUUGGGGGUUUCCUGGCUUUCAUUCGACUGUGGACGUCGCUGCUAAUCAUCGAGCCAACCAGCCAGGCCGUCAUAGCCAUCACGUUCUCCAACUACAUGAUGCAGCCCAUCUUCCCCACCUGUAUAGCUCCGUACCUGGCUAACAGGCUGCUGGCUGCUGCUUGUAUAUGUUUGCUGACCUUUGUGAACUGUGCCUAUGUGAAAUGGGGCACCAGGGUCCAGGACUUCUUCACCUACGCCAAAGUCAUCGCUCUCAUCGCUGUCAUCAUCACUGGCCUGGUGAAGAUCGGACAAGGUCAGACGCAGAACUUCGAGGGCCUGUUCGAUGGCUCCUCUCGGGAUCCAGGAGACCUUGCACUGGCUCUGUACUCAGCUCUGUUCUCCUACUCUGGAUGGGACACCCUCAACUUUGUCACAGAGGAGAUCAAGAACCCAGAGAGGAACCUGCCCCUGGCCAUCGCUAUUUCCAUGCCCAUAGUGACAGUGAUCUACAUUCUGACCAACGUGGCCUACUACACCAUCCUCCCCAUCAAUGCAAUCUUAGACAGUGAUGCUGUAGCUGUGACGUUUGCAGACAAGGUGUUCGGUGUAAUGAACUGGACGAUUCCCUUGGCCGUGGCCCUGUCCUGCUUCGGGGGACUCAAUGCCUCCAUUCUCGCUUCCUCCAGGCUGUUUUUCGUGGGCUCCAGAGAGGGCCACCUGCCCGACUACCUGUGCAUGAUCCAUGUCCAUCGCUACACUCCCAUCCCCGCCCUGCUCUUCAACGGCCUCAUGGCUCUGAUAUACCUGUGCGUGGAAGACGUCUUCAGGUUGAUCAACUACUACAGCUUCAGCUACUGGUUCUUCGUUGGUCUGUCCAUUUUGGGGCAACUGUAUCUGCGCUGGAAGCAGCCGGACAGGAACAGACCUCUAAAGCUCAGUCUCAUCUAUCCGAUUAUUUUCUGCAUCCUCACCAUCUUCCUGGUGGUGGUGCCGCUCUACAGUGACACCAUCAACUCCCUGAUCGGCAUCGGCAUCGCCCUGUCAGGAAUACCUGUUUACUUCCUCUGCUGCUACACUCCGGCCCACAAAAGGCCGCUGUGGAUUCGAAGGCUCAUUGCUAAAUCUGGUGUGCUGAUUCAGAAGGUGUGCUACUCUGUUCUGACCGAAAUGGACAAGGAACAGUAGAUGUUUGGGUCCAACGCCCUGCCGGAGACUGACAACGCACAAAUGCACAACCUGAACUCACCCUGAGCAAUCGAGGCCUCGAUGGAUGAUAACAUUUGGGCCUGAGCUGGACCCCAGCUUUCUGGCCCGUCAGUUAAUGUUAAGGAAGGCAUGAGUGACGGCGCUCGGGUGCUUUUUUGGCAAGAUUUCACUGUGGUUGAACAUUUUAAUGCACUCCUGAAAAACACCCGUUUUUAUUGCAGAACUGUAUAAGUAAAGGCUUAUUUAAUUCAUAUGUCAAGACAUGUAUUUUGUGUGUAAUUACAUACAAGUAAAUACCUUUUUGAUUUUA